GUCUGUAGUGAAUUGAAUUCUAUCGUACUUUGUUUGUUGUUUGGAGAGGUUAUCACUACGUUUAUGUGCCGGUUUUAAGUAAAACUUCUGUUUAUUCUAUAAUGAAGCGUAAAGGAGACGAAAUUGUUCUUGCAGAAAAUCGAAGUAUAAAGAAGUUCCAUGAAGAUAGAGGAGGCCAGGCGUCUGGCCUUUUGGCCCCAAUCAUGGUGUUGGAGGGGCAUCAAGGAGAAAUCUACUCUGUCAAGUUUCAUCCCGAAGGACAGUACUUGGCAUCUUCGGGAUUUGACAGGCAGAUAUUCUUGUGGAACGUGUACGGUGAGUGUGAGAAUAUUGCGGUAAUGACCGGCCACACAGGUGCUGUCAUGGACCUUCACUUCUCCACGGACGGUGCCACCCUCUUCACCUGCAGCACAGACACCACUGUGGCACUCUGGGACCUACAGACCUGCCAGAGGAUCAAGAAACUUAAAGGUCACUCGAGUUUUGUGAACUCGUGCCACCCGACGAGGCGCGGGCCACUGAUGGUUGUGAGUGGCGCAGAUGACUGCACCAUCAAGAUCUGGGACCCUCGCAAGAAGGGGCAGGCGGUCACGCUCAACAACACCUACCAAGUGACAGCUGUGUCCUUCAACGACACGUCAGAACAAGUCAUCACUGGCGGUAUCGACAACGAUAUCAAGAUCUGGGAUGUGAGGAAGAACGGGCUGGUACAGAGGUUGCGCGGGCACACAGACACGGUGACAGGGCUCAGUCUGUCUCCUGAUGGCUCGUACCUGCUCAGCAACGCCAUGGACAACACGCUGCGCAUCUGGGACAUCAGGCCGUUUGCUCCCCAGGAACGCUGUGUGAAGAUCCUCUCCGGCCACCAACACAAUUUUGAAAAGAACCUGCUGAGGUGUGCGUGGUCUCCUGAUGGUUCCAAGGUCUCGGCUGGCUCAGCAGACCGCUUUGUCUACAUCUGGGACACCACUUCACGCCGGAUACUGUACAAGCUACCUGGCCACAAUGGCAGUGUCAACGAUGUCCAUCUUCAUCCCAAAGAACCCAUCAUUAUGUCCGGAUCCAGUGACAAAGUGAUCUACUUGGGCGAGCUGGAGUAACCCUGCCGCCGGAUCUUCACACUACUAGGUUAUUCAAGAUUUGUUUAUGGCAGAUUUAGGGUUCAGUUAUCAGCACAUCCAAAGGCGUAAAAUAUAAUCACUCAGCAUUUAAUUUAAACUCGUGAUGUGACUUUGUUUACAUUGGAUUCUUCUUCAGAGGUGUACAUUUUAUUUUUAUUUAAGGGGUUAUUAUUUUAGAAUUAAUAACUAAGUUAAAGGUUGUGCCAAUCUUGUAAAUCUAGAAAUGUUCUAAAAAAAUAAUUUUCUUGAAUGUAUUCUUGAAGAAUAUGGACAUUGUGUGAAAGGAAAUUACAAUAGUGUUUAAUGUUUAUCUUUAGUUCCUAGGCUUACACAGCUGGUAUCGAGUCUCUCCUUUAAGUUUUCCAGUUCACAUCACAUCAAAUCAUUGCUGUAAUUAUGUUAGCAUUGUUUUCACGUGGUAUGGACAGAAAACCUAGAAGAUAGACGUAGUUUCGUCAAAUUCUUUUGGAGAACAUAAAAUGCGCACUGUGGAAACAGGUCAUGCAGCUUGGCAGCUAGUGGCUGUGAAUCAUUCAACUGCAAUGACUUCAAGCUGGAUACUUUCCUCUUGUCUUUCGUUCAUUCUGGAUACUUGCCUCUUAGAGGCAUCACAUUUAUGAACUGUGGCUGUAUGAUUCCGCAAAGAGUCAGACGUACAUUUUGAAAACAAAAUGCUGAAUCUAGAGCUCUGUUUGGGCUUGGUAUGAACAGGCUGAUGAUUUGAGGAACAGCAUUGUAUUCACAAAUUGAGUGAGCUAUAACAAGCAGGAAAAAGUACUCUUCUUUUAUAAUUCCCUGUUCCUUUUGCCAGAGAUUGUUGUUGUCUUAACAGAAUCAGUUCAAAGCAGAAAAACCUCUGGGUAUUUUUUCUGUUCCUCCUUUUUGCUGGAAUCAGUCUAAUUUCAAGGUAGUAUUGAAAUUUCUCUCGCACUCCUUGUAGUUUUUAAAUCCUGCUGCCACUUUUUCUUAUGACCCAUAGUAAUCUUUGAAUGACAGCACCUGUUCUUCUUGGGAUUUAUAAAAUCCAAUUCCAUUUUUUUCUGGCACCGCCUAGUUUUAUAUUGAGGCUGUUGAGUUGGGCUUUGAUGUCAUCAAACUGUUCCAAAGCAGUCUUGUCGAUGUCAUUGGAUUCUGGCACUUGCAACUUGCCCUCUGCAGCAACAACAUCACCUCAUGGAAUUUCAGGGUGGUGUUGAGGGGUUACUGAAUUGUCUUUGCUCUUCAGAUCCUUCAGUUCGGACAAUUCUCCAGGCUUAGCCGUCAGCCUGGCCCUCAGCAUUUUACCUUAUUCAUGAAUUCCCAGUGCCAGUAUCAUCCCCAGGACUGUCCUUAAGCCCUCAGAGUUGAAUAGAAACUGACAUGCAGACUUGAUGUUUUUGGGUUGGCCUUUGAUGACAGAAAUGUCCAUGAAGCAGGCGAUGAGUUGGGUGCAGUGAGAGAUGUCACCAAGCUCCAGAAGAAGUUGUUCCGGUUUGGCUACUGGUUUGCCCGAGCAGGAGACACACGUUUCCCCAGGAGUGCCACCUCCUUCUCAUAAAUUUGUUGCAACGCUUGUGCCUCUUUAGUCGGUUGUGUUCGUCUUUAACUUUUAGAGUUACGCAACCGUUGCCAUAACUAACAUCAAAGUCACCAGUUCACAUCACGGCUUGCACAGUUAACUUCUUGAGAUUCUUUGGCCUCACUGCAGUGAGCCGUCCUCUAUCAACUAAAAUGUUAAACUGAAACUCAUCGUUGAUAGAAGAUGGCUUACCACAGUAUGGCCGAAGUAUCUCAAGAAGUAAAUUGUGCAAGCCAUGUAUAGAAGCGGUGUGAACCGGAAGAGUUUGAUGUUGGUUUUUUUUUUAUAUUUACUGUUUGCAGUUUACUGAAACAAUUAAUUGGAACAAUUCAUAUUUACUUGCGGUUACCGUGAAAUGUGGUUGACUUAUCUUUUCCGGUUCUUUUCACAGACACCAGGGGUGGUAAUCCAUUUUACAAUUUAAAUGAAUUCUACAGCCAAGUCAUUAAGUACAAAAAUUAAAAUAGAUACAAUACAAUAGAUACAAAUACAUAUUUGAAGGUAUACGUAUUUCGGAAGAUGUGAUACUUGAGUGGGACUGUUUUCAUUAAAGUUUUCAACAAUGGUAAAUUUUGUUUGAAUCCUGAUUGCUUGUACUUAAAAAUAGAUACGAUUUUUGUUUAUCAAUAAAUCGUUAAUAAUUAAAAAUCCAAAAAGAAUUCAUUUAAAUUGGAAAAUGGAUUCUCCAAUAACCAGGAAUAGAACUUAUUUAAAAAAAAUAUCAACGGAAUAUGAUCAUAUAUUUCUCUCCAAAAAGUUAUAAACUCUUAAAGGCACAACGAUAUGACUUUUUAAAGUUUUACUUAAACGAAAGAGUCCAAUUUCAGCAUGUUUCUAUUACGACUGUUGUGUUCAUGAAUUUUGUGUUUAAAAUUUAGGAAAUUUGGAUUUUUAUGUAUAUAAAUUAUCAAGUCGUUUAUAUUAAUAAAUUAAUAACAGUUUGAAAACGAAAAUCUUUGAAGUGAGGUUUACAAUGGUCUCUGGUGUCAAACUUUUUAAGAGCCCCGAUUAUCUUCUUUUGUAAUACUAAUAUUUCUGAAAUUCUGGUACAGUCACCAUAUAAAAUUUACCCAUAUCAAAGAACUGUUUGAAAAAAGGUAAAAUAUACGGCUCUUAUGUAAUUUAACGGUACAAUAUAGUUUAGUCUGUGGCUACUAAGGACGCAGUGUUCGGACAGGUUGUAUGAAGGCGUUUGGUACUCAUUAUUUAAUGUAACUUUAGUCACUAUAUCAGAGAAGAUUCUUCUUGUUACCAAAGAAAAGUAAGUAGAUUUGAAAACUUGGAAAAUAUACAAUGUAUUUAUUAUAAAAAUUUGAAGAAGAGUUUUAUGCCCAGAACUCAUUGAUCAAUGUGGACAUAGCCUAUAUGGAUAAUGAGUGAUUAUAUUUUAUGUUCUCUAGUUACUGUAGAUUGGUUAUUUUUUAUCUGGUACUAACUGAUGACGGUGAUGAAAAAUGUUUGUCAGACUUAAGUUGAUUUUAAAAAGAGUGACAAUAUAAAUUCCACAAAUUAUGCAUUAGUAAUGUACAAUUUACACAUAACUCAUGUUUUGUUAUCUUCAUUUUGGACUAAUGUAAAUACUAUAGUGGUUACUAUCAACUUCCUAAUUUCAGGUUUUACUUUAGUUAUUUAUUAAAAACUAAAAACACAAUCACAAAUUUUAAUGUUAAAGUAAAUAAUUAGUGUUGUAGAAAAAGAUUGUUUCUCUUUUGUGUAUUUAUCAUUAUAGUUUCUUAAUUAUAUGCUAUAAAUUAAACUCUCAUAUAAACAAUUA